CUGCUGCUAUCGAGGUGUGAUGUGUGGGCACAGCGCUCCUGUCACUGCCGCCUCUUGCAUCACUUGUGAAACUUGAUUAUCUCCGGUGAAUAUUUUGCCCUAAUCAGUGCAAAUCGUUAACUUCCACGACAUAUUGUGUGUGCCUUGCGAACAGUAACAAACUGAAGCCUUGCUUAUUUGUGCCAACUGAUGGUUAAGUGCUAUAUAAUAGGCAUUGUACCCGUAUUUCAAUUGAUAAUAUAUUAGUAACAAAGCUGGAACUUGAAGUGAAGGAAGAUCGCUGCGCUGACCAAGCGAGGAUUAAUCGGUUUGUUUAGUAAGGUUGUUGCGUGCAGCCACGAUUGCUCCGUCAACGAGACCAGCCGGUGGGAGCAGCAUGUGGGAGCCACAGCUGCACUGGGGUUCAACGCCUCCAGACAGGCAGUCGCCGCCAGAAAUGGCUUCGCCAUCUCCCGCAGAGAUGGACGCCUCGCAAAGGUUAUAUUUGAGGUGGAAUAACCACGGUUCUCACCUCACGCAGUACAUAAACGAUGAGUUCUACAAGACCUCAACGUGCGAGUCCUCAACCCUCACCGACGUUACCCUAGCCUUUGAGGAUGGAGUCAAGAUUCAAGCCCACCGCCUCAUUCUUGCAGCAUCUUCGCCUUACUUCAGAGAACUCUUCAUCUCGGCAGACGAGAGCGCACAAGGCCUCAAUGCUCAUCCUUGUCUGAUAUUCAAAGACGUUAGGAGUCUCGACAUGAAGUUACUUCUCGCGUACAUGUACAAAGGGGAAGUGGAGUUGCAAAAGAAAGAGCUGAAGGGUUUGUUGUCUAUUGCCAAAAGCCUCAAGGUUCGUGGUUUAGAGGAGGCGAUAUCCAUCAACGAUUUCACCAAUAAAAGCGCGGAGAAAACUUCGCUAUCUUCAAUGGACGCCGAAGACAGAAGUAUGACGUCUUUGGAGGCAUUUGAACGCUCACGUAUACACGACGCUCUGGAGUCAGAGUACUUGAAUAAUAUGAAAUUUUCUGGUUCCUCCGCGUUUACUGAAGUCAUGAAAGAGAAAUUACGUUCCAAGUCCAGCACCCCGUUGUCCCGGCACGAGUCCCCGGCACCACUGUCCCACAAAAAGGAAUACUUGCCCCACAGUCCCUCCUCCUCGGAAAGUCCGUCCCCUAGCGAUGAAAGGCCGUCGUCGCAGCGACCCAUGAUGAUCCCUUCGUCCGUACUGAGCCCCAGCCUGACAUUCUACCCGCCAUCUUUGGACCGACACCUGAACCGCCCCGACGUCCUCUCCUCCGACAGACGCGACAUCAAACGCGCCAGUUCACCUGAUGGAGAUCAUCUUCCGGUCAACCUCGGACAUUCCAUCCACCCUUGCUGGAUGAACAGCCAACCGAGCUCCCCUCAAAGCAAGCGUAAAUGCGUGUCACCUCCACCACUGCCCCAGUCUCUAUUCCCCUCAUCCAGCUUCCACUCGUCCUUUCCCUCAUUCAACUUCCCCCUCAUGCAAGCCGUAGGGCCAUCUGCUUCCCCCCUGGAUAUCUUGGGGCGGAAUAAUUUUCCACAGAUACCAAGAAUUGGGUCCGUGUCGGUGAAGAAAGACUUAGCCGCUAACGACGACUUCAGCAACUACCCCGACGAUGACCAGGUUCGCAGUGGCCGCCACUCCCCCACCCCCGACCUCAGCUCGUACUGGCGCUCCACAGGCCUACUGCCCACGUCGGCCUACCCUCAAAACCCUCAUCGAAAACGCCCAUGCGUGUCACCGCCGCUCAAAACCGAAGAAUCCAUCCAUGAAACUGACUCAAAUCUCGUCAACGGGUCGUCGGAAAGUUCAAACUUCAAUUUGUCAGACACUACCACGUCCAGAAAUGCCGGAGUCCCAACAUCAACGUCGGCAGUUCCGUACAGCUCCCCGUCGUACGCCCCCUACGUGAACGGUGGCAGCGGUGGGGGCGGUAACCACAAGCCAGAGUGGAAGCGCUACAAGCAAUACUCCAAGGAGGACCUAAACCUAGCCAUCGAUGCUGUUAAGAACGGCACUACUGCCUUACAGGCGUCGCGGCAGUACAAGGUUCCCUCACGUACUCUCUACGACAAAAUAAAGAAGCUCGGCAUCAGCACCACUCCACGUCGUAUUACCUCGACCAUGUCCAGCCAACCCAACAAACUUCGUCACCACCCCCGUCAUGACUCGGGCAGGUUGACACCACCACGAGUUGACAACCUCGGCGUGGUUCAUCACAGCGGUGGGGCUUUGGUCACCUCGAGUUCAAACCCAGGAUACCCAGUAAAGGACCAUAAAGAUUCACGAUCGCAUUCUGCUGAACCGGCAACUGGCAGAGACUCCUGCCCUCCAUUCAGUGCCCAUCCGUCAAAAACCUACGCCACUGACAACCCUGUGCCCAGUUUCGCCUCCAAUGUAGAAGUAGAUCUGCGAAAAUUUUGCCCCAACGUUUCGCGGUUCGACCAAAAUCCGCAUGAGAAUAUUGGAGGGUCAAGCGGCCUCUUUGGACUCUCAGAAUACACGUCUAAAUCUGUGUUGGAUCUCCUGCCUCGAGACCUAUCCAGUCGUGGGAGCGAAGCCCUGAAAGAAAAACUUCCUUAUCCCUCAUGGUCAGUCACAUCAUCACUCACUGCCGAACAUCUGAAGCCGGGUAAUGAUUAUCUACCGCCUGGCAAUGAUUACCUAUUGCCAGGCAGUGAUUACCUGCAUCGCAUGAGGUCCAGAAUAAACCUGAAGCUGCCUGAACUUGUUAGCAUGAGCAAUGGAGAGCGUGAGAAUCGCUCUAGCCUUCACGAGAAAACCAAUAUGCCUCGUGAGACUGAAAUUAGCCUGACCAAAGUCAAGGAAGAAGAAGAACUGCUCGUUGUUGACGAUCUGAAGGAGAGUGAUCAGAAACAAGAGAUGAUAACUCGCACACAUUCGGAUAAGAGUCCAACUAGUGAAACGACAACCUGUGAACAAUACUCACGAGAUGACUCCUCUAAGACCACAAUGGAUCCACGUUUGUCAGAUUCAUCCCCAUCCUCUACCGCCGCCGUCGACUCCGGCCACGAUUCAAACAACACAUCAGCCGCUUCCGACUCAUACCUCAGGACUCAAGGCCCUCCAGGUCUGCCCUUCGUCGGGUCCCCUGUGAGCCCUCGAAACACAACCCCAAUAACGGCCGUCGCCACGAGCCCUAAGACUUCUGAACCCUCAACAUCAUCUGCUGAAGUCAGUCCUAUGCUAUCGAACAAAAGUUCCCUGUGCGUCGACUCUGAUACUGAAAUGAACGUAGACCGCAGUAGCGUGAGUGUUUAUACCUCAAUCCCAGACACCGGCUUGUGCGCCCAAAUCCGGCCUUUGGAUUUGCGAGACAACAGCAUAUCCAUUCCUUAGAAACAAUCUUCAAGUCAUAGUUCCUCUGAGAAUCGCAAUUUCCCACGUGAUAAAUUUAAAUUGUGCAUUACUACCAGCCUGCUCAGAAGGUCAGCGAUGGGGCAUUAAUGUUCGCAUUAUCAAUUAUAUUCAAAGCUCCGGCAUGUCGGAGACGUCACAAGUUCUCGUGUAUAUCUACCACGUGUGUUGCCGUUCAUCGGAGCAAUAGAUCAUGUCACGCUAACCUGUCCUGUCGAUUCAUGCUCCGAAUUUCGAAGAAUUUCGCUCUGAAAAUUGUAUUGAAUUCGCUCAUAAGUACCGUUACAUUCAUCGUAAUUACCUUCUCUCUUUGCAAGUAAUUACGAUCAUCGGUGCUACGGUGGCAACUAAGCUUAUGAGCUGCAAUGAGGCAAUGGAUUCGAUGCUAGUUAGUCGUUUGUCGGUCUAAGCCAGUGCUUACUCAGUCGCUUAAGCCAUUGAAUUGGAUUGCAUGUGCAAAGCCUAUUACAUCAAUCCAGUAAUGAUUUCUAAAAUGGCAGCUGGAUCGUGAGACAUGAUACUCGAACCGUGUACAGUUUAGGCACAAGAGUGUUGAUUGUCUGCACUCAAUAUCAACGAAACGAAUUAUUAAGAUGUUAUUAGGUCUAGGUCACGUUUGUCUUACACUUAAGGUAUGAUGCUUCACUGUAUUCGUCCACGACUGUAUACGAUUAAUGUACGUUCCUAGGCUAAUAAGGUCACGUUUAUCACUGAUGCAACUGCGUAUACGAAUAUUCCGUAAGGUUCUGAUUGCAGUCCACGUAUUUUGAUACACCUUACGAUGCUAACUAGCGAGCAUGUAGAUCAUGUAUUCCUUGUAAGAGUUACUUAAACUUAAGAACCUAUCGGCGUUGAAGAGACCUACUUGUCCAAGGUUUACUUUAUCCUGUAUAAUGACUCCUUUAAAAUUAAUCUGGUGUCGCAGAUGAUAAUUGAUCCUUAUUAAGUUGUGUAAAUUAGUCAUUUUAAAAAUUCUUUCGAACAUACUUUCAUGAAGUUGAUCGUUUUGCUAAUGCGAUAAGGAAAGGAUUCAGUUAUUAUGUGUUAAUCUUGUCUCCUUAAUGAAAUCUUUUUUAACAACCUCGCCUAAUCUUUCCUCAUUUUGUAUUUGUAAUUAUCAUUUAAAUGAUGCACUUCACAGAUUCUAUAUAGGCAGGCAUUAUUUUCUAUUUAUUGGGAGCUUGGGAGACCACUUUUACUCUCCGUAUCUUUUGUGUGCU